CAGACAAGCCACCAAAGUAUCCUGACUAUCCUGAUGUUUUUUUCCAUUGAGUUUGACUCAGCACUAGGACAUGGCAGCAGAUCUCCAUCUGUUGGUCUCCAUCCUAAAUCAAAGACUUUGCACACCACCUAAUUUCAGGGAAAAACUCAUCUCUUUGCCAUAAUGAUGUUCCCUGAUGUUGAUCCAGUUGCUGAAACUAAACCCUCCGGUGGCUUUGACGAACUUUGGAUAAAAGUGAACAAGCGGGGGCCAGAACUUACUUGAUGAUUAGAAUGAAUUGGGAGUCUAUGGCAUUGUCCUCUGUACUCUUUGCCUGGUGUUUCACAUCUGCCUGUGGUGACUUUGGGGCCUCAGACAGUCCCUCUGAUGGUGUCGCAGAACCAAACGCAGACGACUGGGAUGCGGACAUCCGGACGCGCAGGGCUGUACCGGACACGAGGCUGGAGACCGACUGGAAUAUACCAGAUAUGAACAAUGGCAACUACGAGGACGCUGACUGGCAUCCUUCCACGUCCAUCCUAAAAACACAUUCCGAUCUCACUCCCGACGCCCCGCUGGUGAUGAGCAGCCACAACGGGGGUGCUGCCGAUGCUGACUAUCAGACCUGGAACCAGACCCACGCCAAUUCGUCCACCCAGUGCGGGCAGUACAGCAGCCAGCUGACGGAGGGUGGCCAGUGUCGGCUGAUGGCGACGCUGCCCCCGGUGGGGGGGACAGAAAAGCGCUGCCCCGACAUGUUCCGCUGCACGGACGACAUCUCCUUCUGGCUUCAUGAGAACCAGAACAGAAAGGAGCAGCUGGAGGAGCUGAGGGAGACGGUGUCAGGGCUGCAGGAGGAGCAGAGGAGCCACAGGCACCGGGUCAGGGCCAUGGAGAUGCAGGAUGAAGACGGCGUCACUUUUAACACAACCAUUGACCAGCGGCUGCGCUUUCUGGAAGUGCGCCACGCCGAAGCCGACACGCUGCUCCACGUGCACGCGGCCCUGCUGUACGAGCUGCAGGCGCAGCUCCGGAACCUCUCGGCCUCCGUGCAGAGCAUGAGCCGAAACAUGGACUGCACCAUCAAUGUGAUCCGAGCUAAGCCCCCCCUCGGCCUGAGAGACACUCUGCCACCAGAUGGACGGUACAUGUCCUUCUGCCCCACAGACUGCGCGUCUCUCUACCACAAUGGUGUUCGCCGUUCUGGCGUUUACACCAUUCUUAUGUUUCCUGGCACCAGCCUGCCCGUCUACUGUGAUAUGGAGACAGAAGGUGGGGGGUGGACGGUGUUCCAGCGCCGGCGUGAUGGCUCGGUGAGCUUUAACCGUGGCUGGUCGGAGUAUCGUGAUGGCUUCGGUGAACCACGAGGAGAACACUGGAUGGGCAACCAACAUCUCCACCUGCUGUCCAACCAGGGCCAUUACAGCCUGCGCAUCGACAUGCAGGACUGGAGCCACGUCCACAGGCACGGCCUGUACCAGUCCUUCAGGAUAGACGAUGAGGAGAACCAGUACCGCCUCCACAUUUCUGGCUUCAGCGGGACGGUGGAGGAUUCGUUCGGUUGGUAUCACGACCAGCACGGCUUCAGCACGCCGGACACGGGCAACAUCUGUGCUGAGAUCAGCCACGCGGGCUGGUGGUUCCACCAGUGUUUCUACGCCAACCUCAACGGGGUCUACUACAAGGGAGGGCGCUACGCGUUGAGGGCUCACAACCUGCUGGGGCCGGACGGCAUCGUGUGGUUCUCCUGGAAGGACUCAGACUUCUAUUCUCUGAAGGCGGUCACCAUGAUGAUACGACCACGCAACUUCAGACCACGCCAUUCGCCAUAG